AGAUCGCCUUCUUGAGUUUUUUUUUCCCUUUUGUUUUGUAUUUUUUUCCUAUGCUCACAAAGUUUAAUCCAUUCUUAUUCUGAUGCAGCCUGGACCUUUUCAAGAGCCAGCUCAAGUGUUGCGGUAGAGCCAAGUCCUCUUGGAAAAAGGCAACGCGACUCCACUGCCUCAGAAGAAGGAAAGUCCCUAGGCCACACACAAUGCAACCAUGGAAGAAGUAGACAAAGAGAAAGAUGAAGAGGAAGAUGGAAACGAUAUAAACCAAGUCCGGAAGCGACCCAAAGUCACUUGUGGCCAGAAGAGCAAUAGUGUGGGCCCCUCAAAUGAUAGUGAAGAGGCGACUCUAGCUGUUGGGACUGCACAUACUCAGGUCCAACAGUUCAAUUUUGCUAUCCAACAGGGGGAAGUGAUUGCAGGGAACAACCCAGCCGCAUCUGAUGUGGCCGUGACAAUUGAUAGAGCCAUUACUGAUGGUGCGAUGAAUGAUGCAACUGCAUUGAGCCAGGAUGAUGAAACCACCAGAUUGGCUGCAUUUCAUAUUGCAGACCCAACUGUGGCUGCAACUUCAGCCAUAGGGCCAAUUCAUCUAAACCCAUAUACCAUUGCCAAAGUAGCUGAUCAGGCGCAGCCACCAGUUCCACAACCAACUGCAACCAUUGGGGUUGAUAUUGCUGCCGCAACAAGACUGCUGCUCCCGAGUCUAGCAAUCCAGCCUUGGUGCAAUCAAGACCAACCUCAAAUGCCAACCAUUGGGGUUGAUAUUUCUGCCGCAACCAACAAGACUGAAGCUCCUGAGUCUAGUGAUCCAGCCUUGGUGCAAACAAGACCAACCUCAAACGUCAACCAAGAUUUCGUCCAAGACGUUGAGAGUCAAGAGAAGGAAACUGAGCCUACCUCAUUUGAGACGGAAAAUGGCAAAGGCAAGAUUAUGGUUCAAAGCGAUGUUGGGACGGAAAAGGCACAAGAGGACGAUGCAACCACAGAUUGGCUGCAUUUUCUAUUACAGACCCUAGUGGCGCAGCAUCUUUAGCCAGAGGGCCAAUUCAUCUGAACCCAGAUACCAUUGCCAAUGUAGUUGAUCAGGCUCAAGAUUCACAGCCAACUGUAACCACGGGGAUUGUUAUUUCGGCCACUACCAAUGAGACUGUUGCUUCCGAGUCUAGCAAUCAUGCCUUGAUGCAAUGGGAACCAACCUCAAAUGCCAACCAAGAUUUCCCCAAGACGUAGUUGAGAGUCAAGAGAAGGGAACUGAGCCUACCUCGAUUGAGCCAAAAAAUGGCCAAAGCAAGGCUGUGGUUCAAAGGGAUUUUGGGACGGGAAAGAGUCACGAGUGUUCAGAAGUGGUGAUAAGCUCCCAAAAAAGACUCCAUCAACUUUUAGACAGUGUCUGCACCCAAUACACUGCCCAGCUCCUCCAGUUCUACUCCCACCAAAGACUCGCAAGCCAUAGCGACAACCAGAGCUACUUUAGAAAUGAACUUUAUUACUAUGGCUGGCGAGGUUUAACGAACUCGCAUGAUUUCAUGCAUACAGAGCUUGGUAGAUUCUAAUUACUUUCCCACCAGCACCAGACCAAUGAUUUUGGCAAUGUUGAAGCAGCUAGAGCAAUCUGUUCUAGCCUACUUCAAAGCCUAUUCUGAGUAUGAUAUGGGCAAAAACUUGAUUGGCCAAGUCGAAGCUUCAAAACAGCUUCUUCAACCUAGGGUUCAGUUUUGUGAUAGCAUGGAGAAAGAAUUUCAAGAACUUGAGGAAAAGAAAAUGAAGAUUGAAGCUAGGCAGGUUGCGGAAAUUCAUGGUGCCGUCAAAGAGACUGAACCAAUCCAAGCACAUCUCGAGAAAUUGCUCCUACAGCAAGAUCAAUUUAAAGAAAAUGAGGGUAAUCUCAAGAAUAUCUUGGAUAUUGGAGAUGGAUGGCCUCUGGACAACCUUGAAGUGCAUAAUUCACCACCACCUCCCUACAGUGACUUCCUUCUUAGGGUUGCAUUUGGGCUGCAGUUUUUUUUCCUUUUCUUUUUGGUGUUGUAUCGGCUCGCAUUAGCCAACGGACUCUUUUAAGGGAGAGAUUUUUAAGUGUACCGGAAGGUGUCAUCAUAUAAUUGGUUGGAAAUUGUUUUUUUUUUUUUUGUUCUACCCCGCUAUAUUAUUAGAUAUAAUGUACUGAGUCGUAUUAUCGAUGCACAGAAAAAUUUUGUUUAAGGCCGCAUUUUGGUCUUUUGCACUUUAUAAAUGGAAAUUUUGGUUUUGAUGGA